GAACUGGAUGAAAUUUUAAUAAAUAUCUUCUUGGACAAGAAAUGCAUUCAGGUUUGGCCUGGAAACCACAUUCUUUUCCCCAGGAGCUGGAAGAGUUGUUCUUUAAGUGCCUAUAGACACUUUUUCCCAGAGCAACUGCAGCCAGGGUGCCACCUCAAACAAAACCCAUGGACAUGAUGCUUUCUGCUGUUGACGUCUUUAGAUUAAGCUUGGAUAUUUUCCCAUUAGAAAUCAUAGUGGUGUAAUGGCUAUUGGCUCUACAUCUUUACUGAAGUGUUACACUAAGGAUCCAACUAAGGACUUGAGGAUCUCACAGUUCCUUUUGGCCCUCGCAACUACCAAUCUAUUUGAAGAUAAAUCCUCCAUACCCAAGACCUCAGGUCUGUGCUACCAGAGGACUGUGUGCCUUCUUUUGUACCCGGAUUGUGAUAGGCAUUCUCUUGCCUAGCAGGGAGGUGGUGCAGCCUCAAACCACUCCCAAUCACUGCAACAGUGCCCAGUGCAGAGCACUGCCGUGAAAGCUGUGCCAGUUGGAGAGUUGAAAGCAGGAGCAGAAAAGGAAAGAGAUCAUACACGAAAUGCUGAAAGAGAAAAGCACCCAUACCCUUUGCUUGCUGCAGCAGACAUUUCUUUGCCAGGACCCCCUUGGAGGCUACUGGAGAGAUCUCUGCUGAGUUGCACUAAUGACCUAUACAAUGGAAUAAAACAACUUUCAGGAGAUUUUACUCUCCCAUCUGUAAGGGCUCCAGCCUCCAUCAUACUGAUGCCCUUCAGUAACAUUCCCUGCAAAACAGCUGCCUCUUAGCCACCACUCUCCCUUCCUCAGAGGCAGGUGAUGUCAAACUGCAUUAUGCAGCCAUGAAUCUCCAAAUCUCUCUGGGACUGCAGCAGAUAAAAGCAAUCAUCUCUGUAAUUAAUAUGUUUGAUGAGUAAUAGAUAAUAAGUUAAAAUCCAUGAGAUGCAAGUAAUGGCAGAACUAGCUGAGGAUGACAGUGAGAGAGUGGUGGAGAACAAGAACCAAGCAGGGAACUCGGCUGGGGUAGCAACUGCUGUAGCUGUUUUAGUGCAGAUUCACUGAGACUCUUCAGCAGAAAGUGCAACUUAAAUAACUUAAACUUAAAACCAAGGCCCCAAAAAACUGGUAGCUGACAUAAAAGGGACCUGAUGCAGCACCGGCAACUACCAAGAAGUUAUUAGGACAGCAGGAUGAGAGAAAUGGCUAGAAAUGUGCUUUGUCUUGGCCAGUCCUGAAAUGCUAUCUCCAGUUGAGUUCGUAAUUCCUCUGAGGGCUUUGCUUGUUUCUGUUAUCUACUUUUUCCUUUGAGAGUGGACUGAUCCUCAAAUUUAUCACCUGUAGUCAUGCUUUCUCCAGGGGAUGAAGAGCCAAAGUAGGAAGGACGUGCAAAGAAGAAUACGAGACGGCAAUUGAUGAGAUUAAAAACCACUGAGGCAAAGUUACCGUGAAGGGAUCGAACAAGGCACUAGGACCUAGGAGGCGUCUCAUCCACCCUGGCAGGAAUUUCUUGCUUGGAGCUCAGACAACAAAGGCAGAGUGAGCCUGGUUUUCUUUCUCUCAGCAUCUCCACCCUGCGUGCUGAAAACCGCUUCAGAUCUUUAGGGUUCACCAAACUAUGGAACUUGAUUUUGGACACUUUGACGAAAGAGACAAGGCGUCCAGAAACAUGCGAGGCUCACGUAUGAAUGGGUUGCCCAGCCCCACUCACAGUGCUCACUGUAGCUUCUACAGAACCAGGACCUUACAGGCACUGAGUAACGAGAAGAAAGCCAAGAAGGUGCGUUUCUAUCGCAACGGGGACCGCUACUUCAAGGGGAUUGUAUACGCCGUGUCCUCUGACCGCUUCCGAAGUUUUGAUGCUCUCCUGGCUGACCUGACCCGGUCCCUGUCCGACAACAUUAAUCUGCCUCAGGGAGUCCGUUACAUUUACACCAUCGAUGGGUCGCGGAAGAUUGGGAGCAUGGAUGAGCUGGAGGAAGGGGAGAGUUACGUCUGCUCAUCUGACAACUUCUUCAAGAAGGUGGAAUACACCAAGAACGUCAAUCCCAACUGGUCUGUCAAUGUGAAGACAUCUGCCAACCAGAAAGCACCUCAGUCUCUGGCCAGCAGCAACAGCGCCCAGGCAAAGGAGAACAAAGAUUUUGUGCGUCCCAAGCUGGUAACCAUCAUCCGCAGCGGGGUGAAGCCCCGGAAGGCAGUCCGUGUGCUCUUGAACAAGAAGACUGCCCAUUCAUUUGAGCAGGUUCUCACUGAUAUCACUGAAGCUAUAAAACUGGAGACAGGAGUGGUCAAAAAGCUAUAUACCUUGGAUGGGAAGCAGGUGACCUGUCUCCACGAUUUCUUUGGGGAUGAUGAUGUGUUUAUCGCCUGUGGUCCAGAAAAAUUCCGCUAUGCACAGGAUGACUUUUCUCUGGAUGAAAGCGAGUGCCGGGUGAUGAAAGGGAGCCCUGCGGCUGCCACGGGCAGUAAGUCAUCUCCCACCCCUCAGAAGAGCUCAGCAAAGAGUCCAGCCCCCAUGCGCCGGAGCAAGUCUCCAGCCGAUUCAGGUAACCAUCAAGAUGCAAAUGGGACCUCAAGCAGUCAGCUAUCUACACCCAAAUCAAAGCAGUCCCCGAUCUCCACACCUACCAGCCCAGGAAGCCUCCGUAAGCACAAGGUAGACUUGUAUCUGCCUCUGUCUUUGGACGACUCUGAUUCCCUUGGAGAUUCCAUGUAAAGCGACACGAAGCUAAAUGUCCAUAUUGCAAGCUAUGUUUAAGAUACAGUAGAAUACUUCUGCCAAAAUAAGCAGAUAGGUGACUGGUGCUUUCAAAUCAGACAAAGGACACACGGUUAUAUGUCAUUUUUUUUCUGUGAUUUAUCCUCCGUGCCACAAAUCAACACCUACCAGUCUAUAGAGAUAGAGGGAUACCAUUCUUCCAAGUUAUAGGGGUGCAAAAUGGACAUUGCAAGCAAUUUGGGGCCAAUAUGCCAAUGAUCCUGUGCAUUUCCCACUUUCUUCUAUUAUUUCUUCUUCUGCUGCGACUGUGUAAUUUUCCUAGUGAUAGCAAAGUAGCUCCCCCUGGAAGUGUGCAAACGGAUCGCUUGCUGACCAGUUUGCAAGCUCAAGUAGAGCAAAUUAUAUUCUCCACCUGUCCAAACUGCCAACGCUUGCCAGCUCACCUGCUCCUCCUUUGCAGCCCUGAUUCUAGCACCUGCAUAUUAACUAGUAUUGUUUUUAUUGUUGGAGGGCAGGAGAGGAAAUGACUUACUAGUUUGACGCUUAAUACGCCAGCAGCAGCUUGGAUGACACUAGGCAUGACUGCAUAAGAGGCUAAGUGAGGUUAGUACAGUAGUGAUUCAAAUAUUGGGAUUUUUCUUUUUUAAUGACUAAGCAAAAAAAUGUAAGUCAGCUGAGUUAUCUGGAGCAGAACACCUUUCGCAUAUGAUCCAAAGAUACUGCUAGCUGGUAACAAAUUUUUAUAUCUACCCUAUGGUAUCUCUCUAUCUCUGUUGGUAACAGUAAUGCCUUGUGAACAGCCAACACUGAAAACACUGUGAAAAUUUGUUUUCAGGUUUGACACCCUAUAGGUCACUUUUUAUAGCAAAAAAAUCAAUACACUUUUUAUAAAGGAAAACCUUGUAUCUGUGUUUUGGGAGUAAGGAUUCAAGCUCCUUCUUUUUUAUAAAAGCUGGUAAUUUUCUUUUGUUUAAAAAACACGUUCAGAAAAAAUGUACAAAAAAACCAACCAACAACUGCAGAACAGUAAUAACAACAACUCAGUGUAGGAAUCUUGUCAUCACUGCCAAAACAGACACACAUGGGGGAAAAAAAAAGGUCAAUUCAAAAUAUUGAAUGUUUUGAUAGUUUUUGUAAUGUUUAAGACUACAUAUUUGGUUUUUUACAGUUCAGUAUUCCUAACUAUGGCCAGAUUCUCUACUUAAAUAACAAAUGGAAUUUUGUGGUGUUCGAAAACCCAUAUUUUAAGAAACUCUUCUGACAAAAACAAACUUAUUGUAUUUAGAGAAACCUUUUGCUUUUCUUAAUCAGCGAUGACUCCUACAGAAUGCAAAGUUCAUCUAUUUACGCAGGGCUGGCGAUUUUUACUACGCCAAAGCUUUGUCAUAGGCUAGCUGGCAUUGCCUCCCUUUCUCAUGGAAUAAGCUUUUGAUGAAACUGAUUAUUACAGAACUUUACCUAAAUGAAAUCUGUGCGAUCCAAUCUUUCUUUGUUGCUCUAUUUGCCUUUUUUUUAUCAUACACACCUAUUCCCUAUUGCCUCGCAACCCCUUGUGAUUAGAUUGAAUUAUAACGUUGUGAUGUUUGAUGCUAUGUGAAUGCUGGGUUGUUCUCAAAGCCACUCCACAUUUUGUUUGCUUGCAUUGCUGGUACGAAACAAUCUGUGCAGGCUGCAUCUUUAGAGGUUCAUGUGAUGAUACAUAUAAUGCAACUUUAAAAAGAGAUUUAUCUGAGAGAGGCCAGGAUUGGGAAUUAUCAAGGGGUCAGAGUUAUCAUGUGCCAAAUUUGCACCCAGUAGUCUUAGUGCAUGAUCAUUUACACCCGGAAUUUUGCACAAGAAAUCAUUUGUUCCCACAAAUAAUGUCAUUUAAUUGAAUAACUCUCUGACUGCAUGACUGCUAAAUGAUCGUUUCACCUAUUGUAUAUAGAAUCCUGGCGUUAGUUCAAAGGCUAAGGGCUCAUGUUGAAGGUUCGUGGGGGAAAGGAUGGUAGUGUGGGCAAAGCAUAAGGUGCAGCAGUCAGGACACCUUCAUUCAGCCCUUGGCAUUGCUAAAUUUAGUGUCUGAAUGGGAGCAGGUCUCUUAGUAACCCUGUGCCUCAAUCUGUCUAUCUGUCCCUACAGGGACAAUACUGAACUACCUCACUGGGGGUUGUGAGGCCAAAUGUUGGUUAACAAUUGUAAAGUGCUUUCAGAUCCUCUAACAGAAGGUGCUGAAGUGUCCUGGGUGCAGAUGUGGUUAUGGGUGCUAAUUUUUGGCUGUUUAAUCCUGUGGAUGCUACUGUAGACACUGGUCAUGAGAAAAUAUGACUUUUCAAGCUUAAGGAUGUCAAAGGCCAUGGUUAUGCUAACAAUAUUAUUAAUCAGAGCUUUUGUCUUAGUAGAAGCUUUAGUGGGACAGAUAAUUUGACAUGCUUUUACCCUCUCUUCAGUUUUGUUGGUGGAAAUCUCAGAGUCCUUCCCCAAGUGUCUGCCUUUCCAGGGACCCUGACUAGUAGUCAUGACCCUGCCUGUUAGAGAUGAGGGACUUGGACUCCAGUCAAAGGUGUCAUCACUUCAGUGACACAGGCUGUUCCUGUCAGAGUCAGGGUUAGCAUGUCCUGCCACCCUUCCUCUGAGUCUCUGCUAAACCAAGAGACCAGCCAUGAAAUCACGUCUAGGUUCUCUUGCUAUUCAGUACGGACACCCAUCAUAGAUCCACCAGGAAAACAUAAAUCUUUGAUAUCCAUAAGCAGCUGAACUGCUAGAGCUGAUGGCGGUAGGAAAGAAGCCUGAGAUGUGCUUUCAUCCAGUAUCCAUGAGUUCAGUUUGUGUAAGAUAAAGCAGGAUCCCAAGGGGUGAAUGAACCUUUGGUUGUUGAGGUGGCUGUUGAGUAGUGGUUCCUUUCCUUCCCGCCGCAAAUAGUGUUUGGUUGUUUGAAGAUGCUCUUCCUGGUGGAGCGCGCUAAGGAAUCUCUGAGGCCUUCUUCCUGAGCUGCACCUAGUGAUACAUCUAAGACCUGAUCCUGCAAGUGCUCCCUUGGGAGUGGAGUUUUGUUUGCAUGAGGAUCAUCCUGGGGUGGGGCUGAGCCCAACAAUUCCUUCAGGGAAUUAGGGGGACCUGGAAAAGGCCUAAAAGAAGAAAAAAAAAAAGUUCAGUGGGAAAAAUAGCCAUUCAAACCAGUAGAAGCCACAAAGAAAACAGGGUAUGAGGUCAAACUCCCAAGUUUUAAAAGCAAUUUUCUAGGUGGAAAUGCCUGGGCAGUAGAAGUCAGUGAGCAUUUCAGCUGUAACAUAUAGUUGUCUGUAUUAAUGCCAAUAUUGCAUGAGUUCUUGUACAGAAAUGCAUGUGGAACGUUACCUACAUUCAAAACUAGUUAUGUUCGGCUUUGUAGGAUCCCUAACAUAGAUUUGAAUGCAAAGAGGACCAAUGCACAGGCAUCGUACCUCAGUUAAAUAUAGGACAGCCCUGAUUCAGGAAGGAACUUAAAGACAUGCUUAAUUUUAGCACGUGCUUUACUCCUGUUGAUUUUUCACGAGAUAUAAGCUUGGGUUUGGUCAGAAAGCUUUCCUGAACUGGAAUGAAUCAGUAAUUACUUUCAGUAUAGUAUAAUAAUUUCAGACCCUCUGAGAUCCUGGAGCAGAUGAUGGUAAUUCCACUAUAUACUCCAGAGUUAACCUUUUUUAUUUUUUAAAAAUUUUUUUUCCCUACCUUUACAAGCACAUAAAACUCCACAGGAUAUGAGGAUUUGCCAUAUUAAUUCUGCUAUUAAAACCCUGUCUAAUUUCCCUCAUGAGGCUGCCUUCAGUGAUUUCAGAGACUAAUUGAAUCACUAAGACUAUAUUGUUUUAAAACAAUACAGUAUUUAAAAACAAAUUGGAGUGAAUCUUAAAGCAGUAGGGCUUUGGUUUUCUGGAAUCUGCCUUUAUUCACUAUCCAGUAUAUUUUAUCAAAUUUGCAUAUACAGUGAAAAUACCUGUUUCAGAUGCACAGUCAUUAGGAAGGAAUUAGAGCAACCCUCCAAGCAUGGACUGAUGCAUUUAGCAUUCAUACAUUCCAGCGGUGGUCUUGACUGUAGAAGAUCAGGGCAAUGCAGCAAAAUCUUCAGCCUUAGGAUUUUUGUCACUUGUAAAGCAUUUAUAAUCCUGAGGUUUUUGGAUUAAAGCCUCAUCUGUUAUAAGAUUUGAAGCUAGUUCAGUUCCACCAGCUAAACGGCCAACCAAGACUCUACAACUUGAAGUAAUUUUGAAAGAGUUUCAUAAUGGGAUUUUACCUUGGUCUACUCGGCAGUGGGAGAUGGAAAUAGCUUUUGCCUACCAUUGUGUUUCCUAUAUCAGCACAUUAUUUACAAACUUCUCGGGAGCUAGAAACACCGACUGUGUUAUUUUCAUAGACAACAGAAAUAAUUCGGCUUAGAAAACAACUUUCACAUCUCAUAUUUAGCUAACACACGUAUGCAUGCCAAAAAUGGGACAUACAGUCUAGCUGUUAUUUCUCUCUCAUUUGCUUGAACAGUACUUUUGAAGGGAAAAAAGGGAGGUAGGACCAAAAAAUUGUGGCAAACAGCAAAACAAUGUCACACCCAGGCAUUUUUAAUAGGAAAGAAUGGCAUAAAAGUGUUAGUUUCUCCUUAUCCGUAUGGGUACUGAUGACAUUUUCUAAGAUGCCUUGUGUUUGCUUUUUCACACCUUUGAGGUCAGUGCUGGUCAUCUUGCUACUUCACAGAACACCUGGUGAAAUUGCUCUGUAACGCCGUGCUGAAUCCCUGCAGAGACGCUGUUCCAGCGACAGCCAUCCCUGGAAGUUGCAUCCUCUCUGCAGGGGCACGGUAUGGACUCUACAGUAUGAGUCGUCUUUACUGCAGCGAGAGCACAUAAGUGUGUUUUGUCAUUGACUUCAGGGGUACCCCACAUCCACUCAAGGCAAUUGGAGAGUUGUCUUUUACUAUAGUAGCGGCAGAGUCAAUUUUAGAGACAGGAAGAAAAUAUAGCCAAGUACAGUAGGUAUAGAAAGUGUCUCCUCAAGCUAAGACAAUCCACAACCAGAGAAAAGCUAUACAGAGGUGCGUUCACCACACACGAGGUGCUGAUCGUGAACAAAACAGAACAAAACAGCUUCUUUUUUCUAGUGGUGAUUUAGGCUCAAAGUUAUUUUUCUGGUUGCUGAUGGAAGCAGGCUGGAACAGUGUUUGGGAAUGGUGAGGUUCUUUGUAGAAGCAAAUGGAUGGCACAUGAUGAAGAUCAUCUAUCUAGAUAAAAAGUGAGGUCAGUCCAUGCAACAGGAUUAUUGCUUUACACAAGAUACCUAAAAGAGAUCCAGCUGAAACACCACCUUGGUGUAAUGAGACCAAGAAGGUUAAGACUUUAAGUGCCUUCCAACAUGCUUUGGGCUUCAGAAGCGAGACUAUACAUGUGGCCAAGAAGGCCUAGGUAAAAAUGGCCUUGACAAACGGGGAUGGGACAGACUUUGAUUCUUGAGAUAUUUAUCCCAUCUCACAUUUGUUCUACAGGUUCUUGAAAAAUUACGGCCUCCAGAAUUUAAGAUUUCUUCUGGCUGAUGUCUCUCUCCCGUCUGUAUGAAUCUGAGGAGGCCUCUUCAUGGUAUCUCAGGAAAUGUUAAAGCUGAGUCUUGUGUCUCACAGUAUAGCCACUCCUCACUGAUUGUGGAGUGAACUGGGCUGAGUUCUGCUGCAUUAGUCAUCAAUUCUGUCUUUCAGAUAUUCUUCACCCCCUUCUUUGCUCCUGGCUUGGGAUCUGGCAUCUCCCAUUCCAGGUGCCUCCAGGUGAAAGGCUGGGACCAGCCAUGUGUACAGACCCCUUGUUUUGUUUUGUUUUGUUUCCUCUGGAGCAGUUCUAGUCAUUUGAUGUUUGUCUGAAGGUCUGGGGUAAGACUAACAAAACCCCAUAUUUUAAUAGGGAGAGGGGAGUGGGUGUAUGGAAAGGCUUUUUUUCAGCAAUGCCGUUGCACAGCUGCUCUGAUGGAAUCCCAGUUGCAGGGUAGGGUUGUGAGUACUACGUCUGCAGGUGAAAAUGCGGAGCUUUGGGGUCACACACCGUCCCUCAGGACACUGUUUAGAGAAGCUUAAAACCACUAACACCAAUUUUCAGCCAAUAGAUGAGCUUCUGAGCAAAUGAGAAUCAAACCUAGUGGAUUCAGCAGUAGAAUUUCAGAGCCAUUGGGAUUUCAGAGCUCUUGGACUUUGGCAGAACUGUGGACAGAUCAGUUCUCCUUGUGCCAUGGUGUCCCAAUGCAUAAAGAGCUGAUCACAAUACUUACCUCCAUCUGUAAGGUGCUUUGAGAUAAGGUGAUACAAGGAGCUAUGGAAGAGCUUGCCCUUAAGAUUUAUUCACUAGUUAGUGAAGUCUGAAAACCUUACAGAAGCAAACUAUGGUCCACUGUCUUUGGCAAGUGUUUUCAGGAACUCUGGCUCUCUUAAAACCAUGUUGUAAAAAUGCUUCAUUAUUUUACUAAUGGUGAAAGACAGACACAUCAUUUUUUGUUCCCCCAAAGCCCACGGAGGAGCCAGCAACACCCCUGAGAGCAAGGCCGUAUCCACACCCAGCAACCCAGUUCUCUCAUCUGGAGUUGCCACCUCUGGCUGGAAUACAGACCCCUGCUGCCCCUUUUUGUUCCAUGGUAAUUCGUGUUAGCGUUCAAAAUGCGGGCCUUGUAUUUGUAAAUGAUGAAUAAGUCUAAUGAUUUCAGUGGCCUUCUACCAAGAAAACAGUGGGCCUGUUGUUGAAAGCUUUCUUGUUUAGAAAGUGUUCAUGGCCAGAUGGCUUCAUGGGAAAGGGCUGCCUUUCAGUUUCAGUGCUUAAUGCACUUAGUUGAACUAACCUAUUCUGGCUCGUGCUCUAUAUCUCAAUGAAGUGUAACUCAGGACUCUUGAGCCAGUUUGGAGCUUCCCUAGGUCUGACAGUUUAUCACUCAAACAACUGAAGAAGGAAGAUGCCCAAAGGGAAUUAACAAGUCUUUGCAGUAAUUAAGAGUCUGUCAGCUGAAAAAAGAAGCUUGGCAUCAUUAGAGAAAGACGCCACGAUGGCCAGUGUCACAGGAAACAGAGAAAAAAGACUUGUUUCUAAGAGGAAUGGUAGGGGGCGUUUGUUAGGAGAUAUUUACUACGCAAUGAAAUGAGCUUGAACUUCACAGAAGAUCAAAUGGAAGGGAGAGCAUUAGGCAGAGCACUGGAAAUAUCAGUGCCAUUGAUGUGUGGGAAUAAACAAUGAGAGGGAGAAACAAAAGGGGAGGCUGGGGCUAGCUGAGGAUCCACGGCUUGGUUCCGGACAGAAAAGCAGCAGGGGUUCCUGGCUGCAUGUUGAGAGAGUUAUUGCCCCUGCAGGUAUCUAAGCCUGGAUGCAGGCUGUCUGCCACAACAGAGUGUGUCCCACUCCCGAUGGCAGAAAUAAGGUCACGCUUGGCCACAGGCAGGAGAACUUGGUUUGAAGUUCCUCCCCUGCUCCUGUUUUACUCUCCUGCCAGCAUGUGUCAUCCCUGAAAGGGGGAAGGGAAGAUCCAGGCCUCUGCUGAAUGACAGCACCAACCUGUGGUUUGGUUUUAUUUUUAUUCCUCCCUAUCAGAUCAGAAAUAGAAAUUCAUCAGCAUGCCCUGGCUUGGAGAAGGACAGGCCUGGCACACUGGGGAAUUGCAAGACGUGUGCAAGAGAAUAAUGAGGGCACCUCUGAUCGUCCCAUCCCUUCCCAUGGCGCCCAGCAAGCUCUGGAAAAAAGUAGCAACCCAAUUGCACCAGGGUGAAAAGCCAAGACAGGCUCCCGGGGGAGGUUACCUUGAUUUGCUGCGCAGGCAGAGGGGCUGACGAUGAUCUUGUCCAUGAAAUGCCUACCCACGUACGCGAGAGCUGCUGCAUUCAAUAAAUCAGUGGGAAGUGGGUGCUGAACAAGGGGAUCCAUGUUUAACACCGGGUUUCUCAUGAGGUUUUUUUUGCUAAAUUCAGUUGAGUUACAGUGCUUGUGCAUUUAAUCCUAAAAGGCAAAACAACUGACUUCUCUAAACGCUUUUGUUUUUGCUGUUUAGUCUCAGAUUUUUUAUUUUUUGCAUAAAAAUUGCACCUCUUUGGGUAGAUUCUCAGGCACUCAAUAUAACACAAGUGAAACCCAAUAAACCUAAUUCUCUGCUGCUUUAAAGAGGCAGAGGCUCCUCUGUAAUUAAGGGAGCUGAAACCAUUUGGUCCAAGGUUGGCCUCCUAUUUCAAAGAUUGAUUACUGUCAAUAAUUCUCGUGUGAUUGAUUACUUAAGUGCGGAUUCAGUUUCCUGGGUGACAGCUGCAGACUUUGCAGAGAAAACCUCAUUGACCCCAGCUAUAAGGUGAUCUCUUGUACGAACCUCUAAUAGCAAGUUAUAUAUGGGAGAUAUUUUGUAUAGUUUUAUUACAAUGAUAAAGCUGAAAUAGUUUGUCAAAAUAUCUUAAAACUUUUAGAUUUGAAAAUUAAACAAGGAACCUUAGCAAGUCAGGGUCUCCUCUAUAUUUUCUGGUUCUAAAGAGUGUUGGCUUUAUCUGACUUUACUCUCACUUCAGUCUACUGGUAGACAUGGCCUGAUCCCAGCAGGUUUAUGGAACUAGAAAUAGCAUUUCUAUUUCUUCCAGUAUUUUUCUACUCUAGUCCCAGCUAGUACCAAGCAGAAUAGAGAUUUAUGGUUGGCUUGAUUUUUAGAGAAAAAUAUUACCAAAUGUCUCUGAACAUCAAAAGGAAGGUUCAGUUCAUUUUAGGUGACUCAUCUAAACUCAAAGCUGCUUUUGAUUUUUACCCAAGCUGAUUCUUCCAUCUCUAUUUGCAAGUUAUAUAUAGGAAAUUGAGAUUAAUUUGAGUCACAUUUGAACUGUGGGGUUGUUGCAGAGCAAAGUGGUUCGCUGGCACGUGCAGUCAGAGUGGAACACGUUGGUGGCACUUGGUCAGGGCGGCCCUGAACCAAACCCUGGUUCUGAACCCCCGCGUUUCUGAGAAACCCACGUGCGGAGUCAAGCUUAGGAAGUGUCUGUAAUGGACCAAAUGGACCCCGAGCUGGGGGUCCAGGCCCAGUUCUUGAAAUGACAAAUUUUACCUUCAGAGAAUCCCUGUGAAACAUUUAGUGUGGGGUUUUUUUGUUGUUUGGUUUUUGGUUGGUUUGGGUUUUACUUUUUUAAAUUCCAGCAUGGCUGCUUUUCUCCGUCUGCUUCCAACCACUGCACAGCUGAUAUGGAUGGGUUUUAAUUCACUUCCCUUUGCAGGUGGCAGCUGAAAUGUAGCGAUGUUCUGUCCCCCUCUCGCACUGACCACAUGGUUGCUGAGGGGUUGCAGAACACACACCUUUUUUUCCCUUUUUUUGUUCCCCUCUUUACAACAGAAGAGUUUUUUCCAGACUUAGUGUGAUGUCUAAUGAUGCAUCUCCUUAAAAAGAAGAAUGUCUAGGGCAUUAAUUGCACUGCUAAUUGGUGUUUAUAGAUAAGGUGAAGCAGAAGUAUUGAAUGUAAGAACAAGAAAGCCUGUGAGUUAUAAUUACAUGCUGAAUUCUGACACGUAAAAUUGUUGUUAGUUUGCUUCUUAUUUAAAUGAUGUGUGAUCCAAGCAGCUUUAUCACCGUGGCAGUACUAGUACAGCUGCGAUUAUCAAUUUAGAAGACACCCAGGGUCUUUUAGAAAGAGGAAACCUGUCUAGCCAAAUCUCCUUCUGUUCUCUGAAAUGACGACACGUUCCCCUCCGUGAUACUCUGUAUUUUAUGACACUGUCUAGCCUAGAAGCACAGCAAAGGAGUAUCAGCUUACUGACUUUGCUGCUGCUAUCCUUUGCCUAUCUUCUUAAUCACAAAUGUAAUCACAAGCUAGGGUUAGCGGCUCUCACCGCAUAAGCCUGAGUUCUUCACGCCACUCUUCUCUGAAGAGCCUGAACUGCCUUCGCUCACGGCCCUGCACUCUGCGGCUCGCUCUGAGCUGCAGAUCUGCCGACAAGUUGUGUUGAGGGAGGGAGAUACGCAGCUGAACUGGAACCUGAUCAUGGAUUACUGUCUUAGGUCAUUCAUUGAGUUUGUAUGAUUUCAUCAUUAAUAACAAAGCUGCAAUAUAAUAUAACUGAGAGGCCACGAUGUAUUUUCUAUUGUCGUUCAGUGGGUGGGGGUUGGAGGGGCAGCCGGGUUUAAAGUUUAGCUGGUAUACUUUAAACUCUGUGUACAUACCCUUGGAGGACACGGUUGGGUGGUGAGGGUUCAGGCGUUAUUUUGUCGGGAUUGGUAAACUUCAGUUUGUUUUUGUUUAAAUAAUAAGGUAUUUAAUUAAUGACAUUGUACAAAGAGCUAUUAAUUUAAAUGGUGCUUUUGUUCUCCUCAAACAGAUCUAUCUAACCUUUCUUUUUGGCAAGCCUGCAGCAAUGCUACUCAUGUUGACUUUUGUACCUUGGGGGAGUGCGUGGAAGGGGAGGGGAAACGCUUUUCUCUUCAGACAAAUAAUGUUGCCAAUAGUUAACUUUCUGCUUGGGUAUAUACCUGGAAUUCCCUUUACGCUGAAUUUUUAUGCGAAGUUCUCUUAAAGGGACAGAACAAGCAGCAGUUAUUCCAAAAGAUCUCAACUGUAUCAUCUUGUAAUAUAUUGCAGCUUUAUGCCAAUGAUUCCUUGCUUACCUGUACACAGUCCAUGCAUGUUUUGAACUAAUUUUGCAUUCUCCAUUUGUGGUGAGUUAUUUAGCAUUUUAACCACCUUUUGUGCCAUUCAACUUGUACAGAGAACAUUUUUAUUGACGUUUUAAAGGGAGGGGGAAGAAAAAAAUAACCCCUUCUACUCCCUAGUUGUAGGUAGAACUCAGUUACUUAGCAAACAGAUGUAGAUGAGUGGUUGUAGUGUUAGAAAUGUUAGCUUGCUCGUGAACAAGCUUUUGAGAGUAAAUGCAUGGUCCUGUACCUCUCUUUUCUUAAUUAGCUCUUCCUUUCCUCCUGGAAAGAUUCUCUCUCUCUCCCUCUCUCUUAUUCUGUCUUUGUCUCUCUCGUGGUUGUAAAGUACAGAUUUGGGCAUAAAUAAAAUGAUAACGAGAUUUGAAAAGCAGUUCUCAACAGGUUCUCUUGUGGAACUUAUUUCUCACAGCGCCUUGCCUUGGCACUUUGAUUAGACUCUAACUUUCGAGGUAAAACAGAUGGAGAUCGGUCACCUGUUGCCUCUGCUUGAAGUGGGGAACCAGUUAAAUCUUUGGAAGUUUGCAUCACCGGUAAACGAUGAGAUCUUGCUGAUCCAUUGCAGCUGAGGCAUGUGGCACGUGGUGUAUUGGCCGUGGCUUCCACACCUGGUUGUUCUUCAGGGGACUAGUCCCACGGCCCCUGAUUUGCGGAGUUUGCACACACAUUUUGAUUUUCCUGGUUACACAGCGGAAGGGGGUGGGGGAUGGUAUAUAGGAAUUAUGUUGUUAGGGGUUCUGUAGGCAACUCCUUCUCCACGCUCCCAAGCUCCGAGUUGAGUACACAGGGCUUACUGUUUAAUAGCUGUGGUUCUGUUGGCAAUGGAGGACAGAAAACAAAGUCUUGGAAAAGAGGGGUCACUCACAAAGAUGGAUUUUGUAACAAAUGGACUUUAAAAAAAAAAACACAAAACCCUGCCACAAAACCACAAAAUGUACCUAGAUCCACACACCUAUCCCCUGUGCCUCUUCUCCCUUAGCAGAAUUUCCUUUUGUUAGAAGAUUUGACUUUCUAGGAAGAAAAUUCCCUUUUUGUGAGGUGUUGUGAACUGUUUUUACUACUUGUAAUAACCAUCCCAGGUCUGAGUAUCCUUGUAACGCAAUGCCAUGCAGCAGAGAACCUGUCCACUUUAUAGCUUUGCUCUCAAUAUUUGUUAUUCAUUGUUUUCUCAUCUAAAUGUACAUUUGCAAGAUGUGUGUAAUGUCAUUUUCAAAAAAUAAAAUUUGGUUUCAAUAUUUAGGCCGAUAAAAA